AUGGGCGUACUGGCGAAGCUGCUGUACAUCCUCGUGGAGGACGACGAGGAGGAGCAGGAGGCGGAGGAGGAGCGCGCGGGGCGUAGUAAACCCGCAGCAGCCGAUGAUGGCAGCGGGAAGGCCGCUCGUCGUCCUGCUCCUCCGCCGACGCGUGCGGCGGUGCGCUACACCAAGUCGGUGCUGUCCAGCACGCUGCAGCUCAUGGGGUGCAAGUCCCGCCACGCCGUCAAGAUCAGCGAGCGCGUCUUCCAGAUGCUGCUGCAGCAAGUCACCAGCCGGCGAGUUUCCGGCCAUCGGACGGACGUGCCGCACCGGUCACGGAUGGCAAACGGAUCCGACGGCAGCCAGCGAUUGGCCAGACCAAUCCGAGAAGAAUCCGGCGCCGUUCUGGCCACCGGCAGCGCCAGCCAUGAUAAUCACAAUUUCCGUGACAAUAAUGGUCGUGACAAUAACGGCUGUGACAAUAACGAGCGGACAGACAGCAGGGCAGCAGCAGGGGGAUCAAGUGCGGGCGGCGACACAGUGAGGGGCGUGAGCGUGUCUUUGAAGCGCAGCACGUUUCUGGACGUGGUGUGCCGGGCACUGGCGGAGUAUCGCUACCUCAGCGCCGACCAGCGCAGCGACCUCGCCCUCGCCUGCAAGGUGCGUGAGAGGAAGAUGUCAGUGACGGUGUUCCUGUGUGGCGCCAGCGGCUGUGGCAAGUCCACCCUCGCCUCCCUCCUGGCGUCGCGGCUGGGCAUCACGACAGUGGUGUCGACGGACUCGCUGCGCCACAUGAUGCGCGGCUUCAGCAGCCGCGAGGCCAACCCGCUGCUGUACGCCUCCACGUACCAGGCAGGCGAACACCUCGACCCCGCCGCUGUUGCUGAUGCCAAGGCCAGGAAGAAGGCCGGCAAGCUGGCUGGGAAGCACGGUGGCGCACAGGCUGGUGGCCAGGCUGCCGCAGCAGCACAGCGAGAUUGGCAAAGAGGCCGGGAGAGGGGGCUGGCAGCUGGGGAGGUUGGGGGGCAGGUGUGGCUGAGAGAGAUGCAGGGCGCUGUGGAUCUGAGACAGAUGCAGGGCGCUGUGGAUCUGAGACAGAUGCAGGGCGCUGUGGAUCUGGGCGCUGGUGAGAGCAGAGGCGCGGUAGGAUUGGGGGGUUGGGUGGGGGGAGGGCAAAUAGGCGGGGAAGGGUACAACGGGGGAGAAGCUGCAGUGACAGGGGGAGGUGGGGGUGGGAGGGAUGAGAGGGAGAUGGGAGAGGCGGUUUGGGAUGGUCGGCCGAGCGUGACAGGGUUGGACAGGGAGAGGAGUGGGGAAGGAGGCAGUGGAGGGCAAGGGAGAGAUUUGGGGAGUGGGAUGGAUGCUGUGAAUGGGAAGGAGCCAACGAGUGAGAAGGAAGUAGUGAGUGAGAUGGAGGCAGUAAGUGAGAGGGAGGGGGUGAGUGAGAGGGAGAUGGUGAUUCAGGGGUACAAGGCGCAGAGUGAGAUGGUGAUAGGCAGUGUAGAGCAGCUGCUGUGCAAGUGGGAGCGCUGCCAUGAGUCCGCCAUCGUGGAGGGCGUUCACCUCAGCCUCAACUUCGUGAUGGAGCUGUUGAAACGGCACCCCACGAUCAUCCCCUUCGUGAUCUACAUCGGCAACGAGGCGAAGCACAUGGAGCGCUUUGCAGUGCGCGCCAAGUACAUGACGCUGGACCCGCGGCGCAACAAGUACGUGCGCUACAUGCGCAACAUCCGCGCCAUUCAGGACUAUCUCGUGCGCCGCGCCGACAAGCAUCUGAUCCCUAAGGUGAACAACACGAACAUGGACAAGAGCGUGGCGGCCAUCCACGCCACGGUGUUCGCCUGCCUGCGCCACCGCACAGCGGGGGAGAGCAUGUACAGCCGCGCCUCCAACACGCUGCCGCUGCUGCGCCACGAGUACGAUGCGCAGUACACCGCAUCUGGACUCGGCUCCAAAGGCAUGCUCUACGUCAUACAGAGAGAAGGCAGUAUGAGGGAGGGCAGCCUGAGGGAGGGCAGUCUCAGGGAGGGCAGUGUGCGCUCCUCCGCCUCUGACCCCCCGGAUCCGCUCUCUGGUCUGCCCACGCGGGCCGUCAGCCUCCCCACGUACGCCUUUGGUGCUGAUAGCAUCGUGUCGGGCGCUGCAGCAGCUGCAGGGGAGCCCUACCCGCCUGCUGCUGCCCACACUCGCCUCUCACCGCUCCCACCUGACUUCCCACCUGAUGCUUCUCCACACGGUGUCCCACCUGGCACGGAGGCGUCUCAAAGCCACGGCCCGCCCUCCCUGUCAACACUGGCCCCCCAGCCGCCGCGCUCCUUGCGAGUGUCAGAGGGCAGCGCAGGCACCACCUCAUGGGGGCGCUCUCUACAAGCAGGCGCAGCUCAUGCGUGCGUGUACCCAGAGGAGCUCUCAGACGGGUAUGCGUCGGGCUACAGCUCAGGGGUGCCGCCCAGGGGGCCCAGAGGCCGCUUUCCUUCCGCAGCAGUGUCGUUUUCAGCAGGGGCGCAGGGGCUUGCCUGGCAGGCAGGCUACGGGCAGGUGCCACCUCCCCCAGUCGUUGCCAUCCCCCUGCUGAACCUCUCGGAAACCCCAUCGGCGACAGAAGGGUCGCUGGAGUCGCCCAGUGCGCUGCUGAGCUCCGGCGUGAGUGCGUGCUCUACGCCCAGAGUAGGUGCUCCUGGUGCAGGUGCAUCUGUAGGGGCAUCUGGUGGCGGUGGUGGCACUGUGGGUGCCUCUGGUGGCGGUGGUGGCAGCGUGCUGGCGCCCAUCCACGUGCGCUUCAGCGGCCGCACGGCCUUCCCCCGCAGCGCUGACGUGGGCAGCAGCAGCGGGGGCGAGGGUCUGGCGGAGCGGGAGAGGGAGAGGAGGGCGAGAGGAGGUGCGGCAGCAGCAGCGGGAGGAGCGAUGGGAGAGGAUGGGGCGAUGGGGGGGAUGGGGAUGGGGCGGCUGGCGAAGGCGAUGGACGGGGUGAGGAUGAGCGGAGGAGGGCAGUUUGCAGCGCACAUGCCCAGCUUCUACGGCUCGCCUGCCACCCGCACGCACGCCCUGCAGAAGAAGGAAGAGGUGCGCCCGCUGUGCCUUGUAUCGGAGCACGUGGCGGCGUCGGACAGCGAUGACGACGAGGAGCACAUGCGGGAUGCUGCUGACGUCAGCUCCAAUGCUGCCUUCUCCUCCGAAGGCUCUGAGCACGACGAGGAGGAGGGGUCGGUGGCGAGUGACGAGUCGUUCAGCCUGUCGGAGGGCGGCACGGACGAUGACGACAUGGGCGAGGGCGACAGCGCACAGCCCCUCCCCCACCACCUCUCGCUCUCCGCUGCUGCUGUGCCGCCGGGCGGCGAGCUCAACGUCUUCCUUGACGCCGCUAGCCUGCCCCACGUGCUGCCCUCUGCCUCCUACUAUGGCACUCAGGGCACCAACGGGAGUGACGGCACUGUACUCCGUCACCACGCCAGUGCAGCUGUGGGCAAUGACGCCAUGAGUCACCGUGCUUCUGGGGCUUGGGGGAACUACAUCGUACUGCAACAAGGGGCGGCCGGAUAUGCAGACCGGACAGCAGGUGCUUCAGCAGCAGCAUCUGCUGCUCCAGUGGGCCGUUCACAGUCAUUGCAGCACACUGCGGGCCGUAAUCAACCCCCACUCCAUCUGCACCGCGUGCCCUCGGCACCCGGUGCUGCUUCAGGUGCUUUUUCAGGUGCCGCUUCCCGUGCCGGCCUGCCUCCCUGGCCCACAGGUCACUCCGCAUCUCCUGCCCACUUCCAGCGCCGUGGGGGGGAACCCUUGCCGGCUGCUCCGCAUGCCUUUCCUCCCACGGCAGUUGCCAAUUCAGGUGCCGGGCCCGCUGCAGCUGCUUCAUCAGCUGCGGCCACGGCAGCAGCAGGGGCCUCCAGGGCGCAAGGGGGCCGCGAGUGGGGCGCAGGCAGGCGAGCAGGUGCAGGUGCAGGUGUGGUGCUGGGAAGGUCCAAGUCCAUGGGUGGGAUGAGGGAGAGAGACGCCGGGGUGAGGGAGGUCGGGGAGAGGGAGGCAGGGCGCAUGCGUGUGAGGCCGUCACGGCCGGGGGCUGCAAGGCGGUUCUCAGACACGGGUGCAGCGAGCAGAAGGGGAUGGGCCGUGCUCGAGACGACUCUGGAGGGCGGCGGGGGCGGGCAGGGCAGUGCCUUAGUGCUUCAAGAGAGCAUGCAGCCAGGUGGGAUUGCAGUGCAGCAAGAGAGACACAUGGCACAGCAUCAGCAGCAGCAGCAGCAGCGGCGGCAGCAGCCACAAACUGGCGGGGAAUAG